GUUUAUUUAAGGCUACUUUAUUAUGUCGUUUGAACAGUUUCAUCCCGCUACCGACCUCAAGGAGGUCAUCGACACCGAGAUCAAAGAAUGGCACUUUCACAUCUACUUCCACCAGAAAAAUGCCGCGGAACAUCACGCUGCACUUGAGCUUCGCGACGCCGUCCUUCGUCUAAGGCGUGACGGCGCGUUCAUCGCUGUCCCUCUCUUCCGCGUCAACACGGAUCCCAUUGGCCCCCAUCCCGUCGGGUCGUAUGAGAUAUGGGUUCCCUCGGAGUCGUUCGCGAGCGUGUUCUCGUAUCUGUGUAUGAAUAGGGGGGAGCUGAGCAUCCUGAUUCAUCCAUUGACUCGCGAAGAGAGAAAAGACCACGACAUACGCCGUGCAUGGUUGGGCCAGCCCUACCCUCUCGACCUGACCAAGCUCCCAAUUAGUAGCGAAGAGCUCCCCUUGCAGUAUCCCAGCCUAAAAUUUGGCUAUUCCUCGACCGAACCCGACUACACUUUGGACGAACGACAUCAGAUCGGCGCGAACCUGGAGCGGCGACUGAAGAACGAGAAAGAGGCUGCGAGGGCGCCGGUGGAUUGAGGGUGCUGCUUCACGGAGAGGAUACGAUCUGCCCGGAUUUAUGACUGUGCUUUGAUCUGAAUUCCGGAUGAAUGUACUUUAUGUAGCUAUGAUAUUCACAGGAGGAGGUCCCCCGGUUUACAAAACC